AAAAAAAGAAAAAGAAAAACAUCCAUACACCAUACUAGACUAUUACUGCUACUACUAGUGCGGUGUAGUUGUUCUGAUUAAGUUCAUAAAACUAAAAUCAAAACUGAAAACUAUUCCAACAUACAAACAAAAUGGGGAACAACAAACCCAGCAGCAGCCGGAGAUCAAAGACUCACCACCACUCCAAUCGUCCCCAAUCCACCACCCGAACCAAUCAAUUCGAAAGAGAAGACGAGUCUCUACCGUCUGAUCAAGUUCCUGAAGAAGAGGAUAUAAACACUCCCAAAGUUCAGCUUGCAAUGUGGGAUUUUGGACAGUGUGAUGCAAAAAGGUGUACAGGUCGAAAGCUUGCGAGAUUUAAUUUGUUGAAAGAGCUGCGAGUUGGCGGUGGAUUUGGGGGCAUUGUUUUAAGUCCUGUUGGGAAUCAAUGUGUCUCUAAACAAGAUCAGAGCUUAAUAAAACGGAAAGGAUUAGCGGUCGUGGAUUGCUCAUGGGCGCGCUUGAGUGAUGUACCAUUUGUGAAACUUCGCUGUGCUGCUCCCCGCCUAUUACCAUGGCUUGUGGCAGCAAAUCCAGUAAAUUAUGGUCGACCUUGCCAGCUCUCCUGUGUAGAAGCCUUAUCGGCAGCUUUAAUAAUAUGUGGGGAGGAGGAAACUGCGGAUUUAUUGCUGGGGAAGUUUAAAUGGGGUCAUGCUUUCCUGAGCGUUAACAGGGAACUUCUAAAAGCAUAUUCUGAAUGCGAAAAUAGUGCUGAUAUUAUCUCUGUGCAAAAUGAUUGGCUUUCCCAGACAAGUCAAGUUCCAAAAGCCAUUGCAGAUGGUGAAGUAGCGGAAACAAGCAAAGAAGAUGGAUCUUCCUCUGAUUCAGAAGACGGGCUUCCACCACUGGAAAGAAAUAUGAAUCACUUGAACUUCAAUGAAAGUGACGAAGAAGAUGAAUAGGUUAAAGAGUACUACAGUUUUGAUUUCAUGGUGAUUUGCAGCAAGAACAGCUCGGCUUACAUCUGAAUCUGCCAUCUAAAACUAUCCAGAGGCUUUGUAAACAUGGUUUCAUGGCAUAUUCUGAUUGUUGAGCAAUUGUAUAGUUUUCUUAUAAAGCUCUACUUUCUGCUGUUUUAAUCUGUUUUUAACAUAAACCGAUCGGUUUGCUAAUGAAACAAUAGCACAAAGAGUCGGCGAGUACCAUUUUAGACGUCGACAUCUUGAGCUUCAUUGAUCCUAUAUACUGUUAGGUGUACAACCCAACUCUUUAACAGUGUUCAACUAAUUGUAUAAUUAAGGGAGUGUCCCAAUUGAUAGUAACAACUUUCACGCUUGAGAUGGUUAUUUUCACAAAGUAUAAUCAUUGGGACAAAUUUUCUUA